CACUUUCAUUGUUCAACUUUCUCACAUCAUCUUCCACCAACUUCACCCUACUUGCACACAUCCCUGUGUUAAUUCCUACCAAGAAAAUUCAUGUAUGUGGAGAGUUUCAAUCUGCACUCACACCCCCUCUUUUUUAUGUAUUCCCUAGAGCUUAAGUACGGUUGAAUCUACCAGGAAAACUUUGUUAUAGCAAAUGGGUGUAUGUAAUUUUGUAAGAUAAGUUCAGAGAAGGGCAAUUUGCUACUGUUUGUUUUAAAAUAUUGGGAUUCAUUAUUCAUUUCUUUUGUUGAAGUGGAUUUGGAAGCUGUGGCAGAAACAGUUGUAAAUUCUACAGAUCAAAUAUCAGCAGCACUUGAAGGCAAUUCUAUUGGGGAGCCAAAUGUUGGUAUGGAGUUUGAGUCAGAGGAAGCUGCUAAGAACUUUUAUGACGAAUAUGCAAAACAUGAAGGGUUUGUUGUUCGCCUUGAUCGUUGCCAUCGUUCUGAGGUUGACAACCGAAUCAUUUCACGCCGUUUUUCGUGCAAUAAGCAAGGUUUUCAUGUGAGGGUUAGAAAUAAAACCAAGCCUGUUCAUAAACCAAGGACUAGCAUAAGAGAAGGUUGUGAAGCCAUGAUGUUGGUUAAAGUUAAUAAAUUUGGGAAGUGGGUGGUUACUAAAUUUGUGAAGGAGCACAGUCAUCUGCUAAAUGCUUCUGGUUCUCGUUCAUAUAGUAAAAUGAUUGAAUCAAAGGAUAGGAUAAUUCAACAACUCACAAAGGAACUUGAGUACCGAGAUCGAUUAUGUCAGCAAUAUCGCAGACAGCUAUUCUCCCUUCUGGAGACUGUUGAGGAACAAACGGAAAGUUUAUCAAAAAAUGUUGAGCUUGUUGUUAACAAUAUAAAAAAUCUUUAGAAAGAAGUGCAAAAACCUUAUAACACUGACAAACUUCCACACAGGAUUUGUUAGAAAAAAACAAUAUUUUUGCUUCAUCUUUUAUACUAACUUGGGUCUAAUGUAAAGGAUUACAAUGAAUAGGAUAUUGGAGAUGAUUUGGCAAAAAA